AUGAUCCCAUUCCACUUCCUCCUCGUCAUAUCCGUCCUCCUAAUAUUACCAUUAACCUUAUGCGCGGAGGACUAUUACAAGAUUCUGGGGGUAGACAAAUCCGCAUCCGAGCGAGACAUCAAACGCGCUUAUAGGACGUUGAGUAAGAAGUUUCACCCUGAUAAGAAUCCGGGCGAUGAAAGCGCAAAAAAGAAAUUCGUCGAUAUAGCCGAAGCAUACGAAGUGCUCUCGACAACCAGCACGCGGAAAAUAUACGAUCAAUACGGUCACGAAGGACUCGAACAACACAAACAGGGCGGUAGUCGCGGCGGUGGCGGCGGUAAUGAUCCCUUCGAUUUAUUUUCUCGCUUCUUUGGUGGAGGAGGACAUUUCGGCCACGGCGGCGGACACCGCAAGGGACCAGACAUGGAAGUCAAACUUUCUUUACCGCUACGCGAUUUUUAUACGGGACGAGAUUUAGAAUUCAGUAUUGAAAAACAACAGAUUUGCGAAUCGUGUGAAGGAAGUGGAUCGGCCGAUGGGACGGUGGAAACAUGUAAUAAAUGUGGUGGACGCGGGAUAGUGAUACAAAAACACAUGAUUGCCCCCGGGAUGUAUAAACAGGUUCAAACACAUUGUGAUAAAUGUGGUGGAAAGGGGAAAUCGAUUAAAAGUCCCUGUCCGGUAUGUCAUGGGCAACGUGUGGUUAGGAAAGCGAGUACGUUAUCGGCUACCAUUGAGCCGGGGAUGAGUAAAGGGUCACGACUCACGUUUGAGAAUGAGGCGGACGAGAGUCCGGAUUGGGUUGCGGGCGACCUGGUUGUUAUAUUGGCUGAAGAUGAACCGGCGUUGGGUGUUAACGACGGCGAAAGAACGGAUGGCACGUUCUUCCGUCGAAAGGGAAAGGAUUUAUUCUGGAAGGAAGUGCUGUCUCUUCGGGAAGCGUGGAUGGGCGAAUGGACGCGGAAUUUGACGCAUUUAGACGGCCAUGUUGUGCAAUUAAGUCGAAAACGAGGAGAGGUCGUUCAACCCUUGGCUGUUGAGACGGUCAGAGGCCAGGGGAUGCCGAUUUAUCGUGAGGGACAUUUGCAUGAUCAUGAUCAUGAUCAUGAUACUGAAGAGUAUGGGAAUUUGUAUGUGGAGUAUACAGUCAUCCUACCGGAUCAGAUGGAGAGUGGGAUGGAGAAGGAUUUUCAUGCUCUGUGGCAGAAAUGGAGGAAGAAGAAUGGGGUUGAUUUGGGGCUGGAUUUGGGGAGACCGGUUGUUUCUGUGGGUGAGGUCAAGGAUGAGUUGUAG